AUGAGCGAGCGGAAGCGUGCUCGCUUGUUAGACCUCGGGCGGGACCAUCACAUCAGCCAUGCUGCCCUGGAGGGCCUCCUGAAGCAGCUGUCCGAUGAGGAUCUGCCAGAGGCCUUCAGCUCGCGGACCCAGCAGAGGCACCGUCAGAAGGAGGCCUACCAGCAGACGACCUUCGGACCGCUGUGCCAGCGCAUCGAGGUCGAGACCGACGAGGGCCUCGAGCACGUCUGGGUCCAGCACCCGUUCGGCUUCAUCGAGGCGGCCUGCAAGAGGAGCGAGCCCUUUCGCAGGCUGAUCACCCGUGUUCUGGACCGAACUGGAAACACGAUCAGGAUUGCGGCGUACAGCGACGAGAUCACCCCUGGCAACCCACUCAAGGAGGUGAACGGCCGAAAGCUGGAGGCGAUCUACUGGUCCAUUUUGGAUUUCCAGUUCCCCACCUUGUGCAACGAGCAAGCAUGGAUGACGGCCUGCGUGUGCAGGAGUGACCUCGUCCUUCGGCUCAAGGGCGGGAUGUCGCAGCUCUUCCGCAUCGUGCUGAAGGUGUUCUUCGGUGCGCCUCUCCAGCCCGACCUGCGCGUAGGGGUCGAGCUCAAUAUCUUCGGAGAGGCGAUGCCUCGCAUUUUGCGGGGCUCUCUGGCCGUCAUUCUACAGGACGAAAGAGCUUUCAAAUUUAGCAUGGAGGUCAUGGGCGCGACGGGGAUAAAACUGUGCGCCCUCUGCCAGAACGUGGUAUCGUUCAAGUGCAACCUGGCCAAGAGCGACAGGACUGGCUACGCGGUGCCGAGCACGGAGCUAGAUGCCUCCAAGUUCAAGCUCCACUCGAACGCCAGCAUCCGAGGCGUCCAAGACAGGCUGGUCGAGGAGGAGGCGACGCGGGGCACGACUGCUCGCAAGGAGCUCGAGACGCUGCUGGGCUACAAGUUCAACCCCGAGUCCCUGCUGCAGGACAAGGAUCUCGCGAUCCAGGUCGCGGACGUCUGGGCGUACGACUGGAUGCACAACUACCUCCUGGAUGCCGUGCUGGACUUGCUCGCGGCAGAGAACCUCGGAGGCGCAACACUGCACGAGUACUUCAAACUUUGGGAGUGGCCAGGCGGCUACGCGAGCGGGAAUGGUCUGUGUAAGAAGGUCCCUUCACAUGAGGCGUCUGGCAGCGCCAGCGAGUACAUGUCAGCCGCCCCCGUGAUCAGGAAGUACAUGCUGGACGUGGUGCUCAAGAAAGCUCCGAGGUUCAAUGGUGCAGUGGAUAGCAUGGUGAAGCUUUGCAAUGUGCUCGACCUGCUCUCGAUUGUCAACGCAGGAGUGGUCACGCCUGCACAGUUGAUGAAUGCGAUCGUAGCCCACUACACAGCUCAGCAGGCCUACUGGGGCACAAAGCUCUGGAAGCCGAAGAGCCAUUUUAACAUGCACCUGCCGUCGCAAUUGCAUCGGCACGGCCUCUUACUUUCGACGUUCCUCAUGGAACGUAAGCACCGCACGCCUAAGAGGUUCGCAAACGAGCGCAUGAACACUACAUCAUUCGAGCGCAGCUUGAUCGAAGAGAUCACGUGCCAGCACCUUUUCGAGCUCAAGUACGAGCUCGAGGGCAUAGACCUUCUCGAGCCUAGGCCCGCGAGCAAGAAGAUGCUGCAGGCCAUCUGCUCUGUCAUGCAUGUCCGACCAGGCGCCGAGGUGGUGUCAGG